AUGAGCUAUUACUGCUGCAACAAUAACUUCUCAUUCAAGAAUAUACUUGGAGAAGGAGGUUUUGGAUGUGGUGUUUUGAAAGACGGACAAGAGAUUGCCGUGAAGAGGUUGUCAUCGAGUUCGAAACAAGGAAAUACUGAAUUCGUGAACAAAGUUAAACAUAUCGCGAAGGUUCAGCACAGGAAUUUAGUGAGGCUCCGUGGAUGUUGUAUUGAAGCAGAUGAAAAGAUGUUAAUCUAUGAAUACUUGCCCAACAAAAGCCUGGGCUUCUUUAUCUUUGAUAAAACUCAAAGCAUGUCACUAGAUUGGGCAACACGCUACCAAGUUAUCAACGGGAUCGCUCGAGGGAUCCUUUAUCUUCACCAAGAUUCGAGACAGAGAAUAAUACAUAUAGAUCUGAAAGCUGCUAAUGUGUUAUUAGACUGUGAAAUGAAUCCGAAAAUUUCGGACUUCGGCUUGGCUAGAAGUUUCGGAGAAAAGGAAACCACAGCAAACACAAAGAAAGUGGUGGGAACAUAUGGUUACAUGUCUCCAGAGUAUGCAAUUGAUGGACUUUACUCGAUCAAAUCCGAUGUUUUCGCCUUUGGUGUUUUAGUUUUAGAAAUAGUCAGUGGAAAAAGAAAUAGAGGAUUCUUUCAUCCAGACCAUCAACAUAACCUUCUCGGACAUGCAUGGAGACUGUUCUACGAUGGGAAUUCAAUGGAACUGGUUGCUGAUACAAUUAAAAGGACCUGCAAUCCCUCGGAAGUUCUAAGAUCGAUUCAGGUCGGCCUACUAUGUGUGCAACGAAGUCUUGAAGAUAGACCAACCAUAUCAAAUGUUUUUCUGAUGUUAAGUAGUGAAGUUCCAUUGGAUCAGCCUAAACAACCUGGAUUUUUCAACGAGAGAGAUCUGGUUAAAGAUACUUCUUCAUCAGAUGUUCAAAGACCUGCUUGUUCCAAUGAUUUUGUAAUCACAGUAGUUGAGGCAAGAUAAUGAAGAUUUCAUGUAACCGUUGUGUUCUUUUCUUUUACUUUUUUCGGUAUGUCUCAUCUCUUCGAU